ACUUGAACCAAACGGUCAUUAUGUACAUUUCUGUCAAUUGCCGGGAAUAACCCCUCAUAACGGCACUCAUGAUCGUUUUUAAUCUCAAAUGAUGAGGUCGAAAUUAAUAAGAAGUAAAUAUGUGACCUAAAUCACUUCUCUUAUUGAAAGUCCGAAUAGAGUAACUCACUUUAUUUUCUCCUUGUUAUCUAGUAUGGAGUAUAUUUCAAAAUAGAAAUUUAAAGUAGUGCUUAUUUUUAACGUGAAAGUUAUGCACAAUUAAAUGUACUAUUAAGUGAAGUACAAUUUAUAUUACAAUAUUGAACUAAUAUUUGUUCAUUUUAUCUUCGCGAAGAUAUGGAGUUAACUAAAAUUUCUCCAAGUGGCUCUGAACAAUGUCUAAUAGACAGUGCCACAACGCACACCAUUUUGAGACAUAGAGAUUAUUUUUCUCAUAUGACAUUAGUUGAUGCUAAUGUCAAUACAAUCUCAGGUGUUGCUAAACUCAUUGAAGGUUCCGGAAUAGCCUAUGUGAUUCUCCCAAAAGGGACAAAAUUAAUAAUUAAAGACGCUUUAUACUCCAGUAAAUCACGGAGAAAUCUUUUGAGCUUUAAAGAUUUGCGUCUAAAUGGUUUUCAUAUUGAAACCAUGUCUGAAAAUCAGAAGGAAUAUUUAUGUCUAACGACAAAUAGAUCUGGCAAUAAAUACAUUUCUGAAAAAAUGCCAGCAUAUUCCUCGGGACUGUAUUAUACAUAUAUCAGUCCAAUUGAGAUAAAUGUGGUAUCUAAAAUUUAUGACCACAAUUCUUUUAUCUUGUGGCAUGACCGUUUAGGUCAUCCGGGCAACACUAUGAUGCACAAAAUUAUUGAAAAUUCACUUGGACAUUCAUUAACUAAUGUCAAGAUUCCACAAUCAAGUGAUUUUUCGUGCACUGCCUGCUCUCUUGGCAAAUUAAUUAUCAGGCCAUCUUUAUACAAAAUUGGAGUUGAAUCUCCUGCAUUUUUAGAAAGAAUUCAAGGAGAUAUUUGUGGGCCAAUUACCCCUCCGUGUGGACCGUUUCGAUAUUUUAUGGUGCUCAUUGAUGCAUCAACACGUUGGUCACAUGUCAGUCUUUUAUCGACUAGAAAUUUUGCAUUUGCAAAUCUCCUUGCUCAAAUUAUUCGUUUGAGAUCACAAUUUCUGGAUUAUUCGAUAAAGAAAAUCCGACUUGAUAAUGCAGGAGAAUUUACAUCCCAAUCUUUUGAUGACUAUUGUAUGUCAAUUGGGAUUGAUGUGGAACACCCAGUUCCACAUGUACAUACACAAAAUGGUCUUGCUGAAUCCUUAAUUAAGCGAUUACAAUUAAUUGCUAGACCAUUAUUAAUAAAAUUCAGAUUACCAUCAUCUGCAUGGGGAUAUGCUAUAAUGCAUGCUGCAAAUUUAAUUCAGCUUAGGCCAACUGCAUAUCAUAAAUUUUCCCCAUUGCAAUUAAUAUCUGGUAAAGAACCAAAUAUAUCACACAUAAAAAUAUUGGUUGUUCUGUGUAUGUACCAAUUGCUCCACCUUAUCGUACUAAAAUGGGUCCUCAAAGAAGGCUGAGAAUUUAUGUUGGUUUUAAAUCACCCUCAAUUAUUAAUUAUCUAAAACCUAUGACCGGUGACUUAUUCACCGCGCGGUUCGAUGACUGUCAUUUUGAUGAGACAAUAUUCCCAGCCUUAGGGGGAGAUAUUAAAGAAAUGGACCCACGUACGAAAGAUAUUACUUGGAAUGCAACAAAUUUAUCUUUUCUUGAUUCUCGCACAAAUGCUUGUGAACAAGAAAUUCAAAAGAUUAUUCAUUUACAAAAUGUUGCAAACCAAUUGCCUGAUGCUUUCACAGACUCAAAGAAAGUGACAAUGUCACAUGUUCCAGCUAUGAAUGCUCCUUCUCGAAUAGAAAUUCCUGCGGAGAUUAGCGAAAGAACUCUUGCUAAUGAAUCUAUGAUACGUAAAAAAACGUGGUAGACCACUUGGUUCAAGAGAUUUGAAACCAAGAAAAUUUAAACAGCAAGUUGUAGUUUGUGAUGCCAAAGAAGUUCAACCUUCUCAAGAAGAAAAUGAACAUUUUGAAAAUAUCGGCCUUGAAGAUAACAUCAAUAAUAAUGAUACCUCAAAAGAGGAUCCAAUCACCUUCGAAGAGGUAAAUAUUCCAGAUAAAGAUAGAAACGUCGAUAAUUUCGAAAUUUCAAUUAAUUACGUUUCUAAUGGAAUAGAAAUGAUAUUGAUGUCAAUGAUAUAUUUUCAUAUGCCAUUGCCACAAAUAUAAUGAAUGAACACGAUGACAAUGAGCCUAAAUCUAUUGACGAAUGUCGUCGUAGAAAUGAUUGGCCAAAAUGGAAUUAAGCAAUUCAGGUAGAAUUAAAAUCGCUAGAAAAGCGUAAUGUUUUUGGACCAAUUGUCCAUACGCCAAAAGGCGUAAAACCUGUCGGUUUUAAAUGGGUUUUUGUGCGUAAACGCAACGAGAAAAAUGAAAUCGUUAGAUACAAAGCCCGACUUGUUGCCCAAGGUUUUUCUCAAAUGCCAGGAAUCGAUUAUGAUGAGACGUAUUCUCCAGUAGUUGAUGCUACAACUUUAAGAUUUUUAAUUGGCAUGUCUGUUUUUGAAAGGCUGCAAAUGCGUCUAAUGGAUGUAGUGACCGCAUAUUUAUACAGUUCACUCGACACAGACAUAUAUGAGAAUUCCUGAAGGCUUUAAAAUACCUGAUGCUUAUAGCUCGAAAUCUCGAGAUUUAUUUUCUAUAAAAUUGCAAAAGUCAUUAUAUGGAUUAAAACAAUCUGGACACAUGUGGUGGUAUAACCGUCUCAGUGAAUAUUUGAUUAAAGAAGGAUAUAAAAAUGAUCCUAUUAGUCCAUGUGUUUUCAUUCAGCGAUCCGAAUCAGGAUUCGGCAUGAUUGCAGUAUAUUUUGAUUAUUUAAUCAUUAUUGAAACUCCCAUUGAAAUUGAAAAUACUGCAAAAUAUCUCAUGAAAGAAUUUGAAAUGAAAGGUAUUGGGAGGACAAAUUUUUUUCUCGUCAUUCAAAUUGAACAUUUGAGAAAUGGUAUUUUUAUUCAUCAAUCAAAAUAUACCAAGAAACUUUUGAAGCGGUUUUACAUGAAUAAACCACACUCGC